AUGCCCACACGAGCAGAUAUCAUCCACGCUCUCAAUGCCGGGCCCAUUGCCGGCGAGACAGAAUCGGUUGACUCGGACACGAUACGUGAUGACAAGACGUUCAACGAGGGCGACUGCGAGCUAAUCAGCGUCGACAACUGCCGCUUCCGAGUGAGCCACUGCUAUCUCGUCGCACACAGUAAAGUGUUCCGGGACAUGUACAACCUCGGGGACGGGACGCAGGAUUUCAGCGUAACCUUAACGGACCGCGAGUUCGAGACUGCGGCUGUGAUCCGCCUCUUCCUGUGUGCGGCCGUGCGUGGCGACAUCCGCUCCCGCGUCUACGGGAGCUGUAGACACCUGCGCGAACUGGUACUCUUCGCGGACAAGUAUGACUGCGACCCGAUCCGGCGCCUCAUCCACUCUGAGUGCGAAGUCUCGAUCCUGCGCGGGUACGGCGGGAGCUUGGAGCUGUUCGCGGUCGCCGCGACAGCCGACGACCGUGACCUCUGUCACUUGCUGGUGCAGGAGCGCGCGAACGAAACGUGGCCACGCGGAAACAACGGCCGCCUGCACCACCGUAUGAGCGCGCGGCCAGGCAUGAGUAUCUGGGACGUGCGUUCGUGGCCCGAGAGCGCGUGGCGCCUCGGCAUCCCCGUCCAGUACCAGUUUGCGCUGGCGCGCGCGCACGGCCAGCUUGCGGGCGUGCCCCCGCCGCCCGGGGUUACGCUUGCAGACGAGUUCGAAAAGUACCUCAAGCUCAUCAAGCCUGGGUGGCGCGACUACCGUGAUCCAGACAAACCUCCUGAGAUCAACGAGUACUACUGGGACUGGGAGUGA